UAUGAAACUUUUUGACAACUCUGACGGAGUCUCUGAGUAUAUAAGGCCCAGCAUUUAAUAACCUCCCUCUCACUCGUUAUGGAACAGCAGCGCUUUCCCAGGCCCAAACGAAUCUCCAUGGCCUCCUCCUCCUCCACCGCCUCCUCCGCCCUCUCUUCUUCUCCUGUUCCUCCUCUUCGCUCCCCUGCGAUCACUCCAAUCCCCGAAGAAGAGAAGGAAGAUGAACGUCACACGCCGACCCCUCUCCACCCUUCGUUCGUGCCGCCCAAGAAGACCACCAGAUCCACCACCGCCGUCUCCGACGACGACGACAUCGCCGUCUCCUGCAACAAGUGUCGCCCCACCUCCCGCGACAAGAUCUCCGUCGUCCCCCUUGACCCCACCGCUUCCAGCCCUAGUCGCCUCUUCCGCUCUAUCUUCCACUCCCUAACCCGCCGGACCCCCGUACCCUCCUCCGACUCCGAUGAAUGGCGCCUCGCAGCCGCCGAACUCUCCCGCAAACUCCUCCACGCCACUCGCCGUCGCGACGAAGCCCUCCUCGAGGCCUCUCGUCUCAAAACCUCACUCUCUCACCUCUCUCGCAAACUCGAUCGUCUCGAAUCCCACUGCCUUGAUCUCCAAUCCUCCCUCGAUCGCUGCUCCCAAGCCUCUCAAUCCCCCACCCAGAUCGGCUCACUCCCCAUCGAUCCCUUCCUCCGCGCCGUCUCCGAUUCCCGAUCCGCUGUCCGCCUCCUCUCACGAUCCAUCUCCGCCCACCUCCGACCCUCCACCCCCAAACCUCUCCUCCUCUCCCUCGAAUCCAUGCUCAACCGCGUCUUCUACUCCGAUUUCGAAACCGGAUUGAUACCAGAACCCAUGGAUCCAAUAGCACGCUGCGAGACGAACCGGAAGGGUUACGAGGAGGUGCGGGAGCUGGGCUGGGAAGAGGUGCUCAGCCGCGGCACGCGCCACUACAGCGAGGGACUGAGCCGAUUCUGCGACCGGAGAAUGGGGGAGAUCGUAGGGAUGCUGGGCUGGGGUGGCAGUAGCGGCGGAGGUGGCAGUGGCCCGGGGCAGCGUGCAUGGCCGGAAGGACUCCUUCAAGCCUUCUUCAGCGCCGCUAAGGGCGUGUGGCUCGUUCACCUUCUCGCCCGCUCGGUUCACCCACCGGUUCCACUCAUUCGGGUCAACCCGGGAGCCCGGUUUGAACCGGAUUUCAUGGAGGACGCCGCCGGUUCGAGUCGAGUGGUCGGUCCGGUGAGCGUGCGGAUGAUGGUGGCUCCCGGGUUCUACGUAUACAGUACCAGCUGCGGCGUCGUCAAGUGUAAGGUUCUCUAUAAUAAUAAUAAUAAUAAUAAUAAUAAUAAUAAUAAUAAUCAAGGGAACGGUGAUAUUAACGUUAGUGGUAGGAAUAAUAAGAAGAAUAGUGGUAAGGGACCUAAGGGUGGGUGACCAGCUUGUGUAGAGAGUUUUGGAUAUAUGUAUAUUUUUUGUUUUUUUUUUUCGACUAGUUAUUUCUGAAAAUAGCAAAAUUAUUUGUCUA